UAUACAUGUUCUUGCAAACAAGCAGUUCGCAGUCCAUUGAUGCUACACACAAGACUUCAGAUUGUCGGACGCACUCCUUUUCUCUAUACACCAGGUUUCGAGAUACCAGCGUUUUCCAGACGACAAUGGCAUCGACUGCUCUCCGCCACGAUGUCAUUCGGAUAUACAAAGAACUCCUCUAUCUCGGACGCGAAUACCCAUUAGGCUACUCCUACUUCCGACCUCGCCUCCACAAAGCCUUCAUGUCCAAGGCGUCCCUCUCAGACGAAGAUCAAAUUCGAAAAGGCAUAGCUCAAGCAGAAUAUGUCAAAAAAGGUAAUUAUCCAUCUCCCAUUCCUAGAUCUGAACUCAGAUCGGUGUAUCAUUUCGUCUACUUGCAACGGCCGUUCAAUAAUGAUGCUUGA